AUAACGCGAGAUUUCCCGGUAAUUGUCCUGUUGCUAGCGACACGAAGAGGUUGAGCUACAGAGCAAAAUAAUUCUGAUUUGAUAUUCAUCUCAUCAUCGACAAAGAUUGUUGAUAUUUACAUAAUAGCGGAUUAGCUGCGGAUUAUGGAGGAUACACAACUUAAAGAGAUUGCAAAACAUUUGGUCACUGACGUCAUCCAGAAAGCCACGGAAUACGUCAGGACAGAAAGGAAAAAAAUGGCGGAAAUGAUCGGCCAGCUGGACAAGGGUGUGGACGACAUAGUUCAACUGACCAUUCGUAGUGGACAAAUAUCACCGACUGACUACAAGAUGGCAGAAAUGACAGGUCAACUGGAUAAGGAUGUGGAGGAUAUUGUAGGUGAAACCAUUAGCCACUCAAUCACGGCCAUUCGUAGUGGUCAAACAUCACCGACUGACCACAAGAUGGCAGAAAUGACAGGUCAACUGGAUAAGGAUGUGGACGAUAUUGUGCAGGUGACCAUUGGGCGAUCCAUCGCGGCCAUUCGUGAAGGGGAGAUGUCACCAACUGACCACAAGCUGGUUUGCAGUGAGAUACUGGAAAAGACAAGAGAGUCUGGAACCGGAAAUGACGCAGGAUUACAAACGGCGAAAACCUACCCAGCUGACAGAGAGUACAAAAGCGAAGUUCCGCCUUUCGUCACUCGGAAUAAAGCUGCAGACAAAAUAAAGAAAACAUUUUUCGAGCGUCAUCUGGACAGACUUCUCGGGAGAGAAAAGAAAAACGCAAAAAAGAAGAAAACAGUAGAACUUCGUAACAGCAACCCCAGUGGAGGAAGUAGGAAACGUUCAUCAAAGGCCCAUAACAAAAGGGAUUGGAUCCUUAAAAACGUCCUGUGCUGCUUUGUCCGCCAGACGGCGACAGUGGAGCCCGUCGAUCACGAAGUAUAGAUGAUUGGUGCGAUUAACAAGGAAUUAACACAUAUUAUAUUAACUUCUCUGUAGUAGAAAAAAACAUCAGAAGGAAUCAGACUGCGAUAAAAGUAUACCAAGUGGACAUCGAAACGUCAUAAAAUUUACAUCAGAAAAGCGACGAGAAAACAUUGUUGAAAGAAGUCUAAUUUGUUGCAAUGACUUAUUGUACUGUAGAAUAAAAUGCGAAACUAAACCCAAACAUGCGCCUAAGAAUAAAUGCGAAACUAAACCCGAUCCCGCUACUCUUUUAUUUCAUUGAUUAGUUUUAAAAGUCAACAUUAAUACAUAUAAAGUGUAGAGAAGGCUAUUAUUCACACUGAUAAAAAAAUCGCAGGGAAUCCAAUCAUUCGACGCAUCAGGGACGUACAGUGUAUAAUAUCACAG